UGGUAAAUCAAAUCAGUCAAAUUUGUACCAUGAUAGGUAUUUUGUUAAUUAUCUAAAACUGACCUAAGUGCUACAGCGUUGUACUUUUAAUCUGUAGUGCAAGUUGUUAUCAUAGAUUUAUUUUUAUUCAAACAACUACAGUUUGAAAUAAGCUGACAUAGAUUCAUACUAGUAGUAGUUACAGUGUAUCCAAGGACCAUGAGUCGGAUUGGCAAUCUCACUUCGAGAAUAUUUGUUGGGGGUAUGGAUCCAAGCGUCAGUGAAGUAGACUUGGAGAAAGCCUUCAAACUCUUUGGAGAAAUUACCAAUGUAAUGGUGAUGAGAGACAGAGAAAAUGGUCGUUCACGAGGGUUUGCAUUCAUUUCAUUUAAAGAUGCUCAAGCGUCGGAUCAGGCGAUAAGCAGAAUGCAUGGUGUAGAAAUUAGAGGCCGAUGUGUUUCUGUACGACAUGCUGAGAAGGAAAAAUUUGUUCGUGAUGAUAGACCAAAGCGAGGUGGUUUCAGGGGAGGGAGAAUUUCAACUGGGAGUAGAUCUGAAAAUUUUCGUGAUCAGCCUGCAUAUAGGGGGAAUGGUCAUCAGAGUGGCGCAGGUUAUGGUAUGUCACGUCCACCAUCAGAUAUUGUCUAUGUUGUAAGGGAUGACAAAGAAUCGGGAUAUUCACGUAGGUCGAGAAGUCCAUUAGGAGGUCCUAGAUACAGGCCGGAAAGCCCACCAAGGCGUAUGGGUGAAAGACGUGGUUAUUCUCCACCACUUUAUCAAUCAAGACCUUUGUCUCCACCCCAGAGACCUGGAUCAAGCACUCUUGGUGAAUCUGAAUAUUUUAAUAAACCCAUAAGACGGGUAACACCAUCACCACCAGAUUACGGUUUUUCUAGGUUUAAAGAGAACCAAGAAUUGUCUCCAGCCAGAGAACUGGGCGCAUACAUCCGGGCAAGAGAUCACUCACCUUCAUUUGCUCGCCAAAGCCACAAAUUGAGCCCCGAACCUGUGCAUAGAAGGCGAUCACCAAGUCCCGCAGUAAAUAGACCAUACAGCGAUAGAAACGUAUCACAAAGAAGCCGUCAGCAAUCUGAUAUCCAGAAAUAUAAUGAUGAAAGUUCUCUACGGUUUGAUUCUAGGAAUAAUCAGACAAAUCCUCCUGGAUACAGAGAUUCAGGUCAACAGGUGUCAUCAUCAGCCGAGCGAUAUAGAGAUUCUAGCCGACAUACUUUGUCUGCUGCAAGAUAUAACGAUGAUAGUAAGCAUCAGCAGCCAUCGUCCGGACGAUUCAGAGAUCCGGAUACUCGAGAUGAAUAUAGAUUUCAACCUAAUAGGCGAGAUGAUACGGAGAGGUUCUCCCCAUCUCGCAGCAGAGAUGCAGGUUCUUCAUCUUUAGGGGAUAGACAAAUUGUAUCAGCUGGUAUGUCAAGAGGUGGUAGAGAAACAGGGCGCUCAACCAUGGGUUAUAGGGAAAGUACAUCGCCACGUCAACACCCUAGAGAUAUGGAGACUGGAUCAAGAGAAUCUGAAUCUUACAGACCACGAGGCUCAACUUCAGUCAGGGGUGGUUAUAGAGGAGGUGGUUCAACAUCAAGGGGCAAUAAUUAUCGAGAUCGUUCUCCUAGAAGAGAUUCACGUAACAUUAGACAGGAAGACAGAGAUCGUCAACAGCCACCUCGAUAUCGAAGUAAUUAUGAGGAAAAAAGAACAUCCCCAAUGUCUCGCAGGCCAACAUCUAGCGAUCGAGGUCCUCCAGGCAGGUCACCAAGAGGACGAAGCCCUCCAAGGAGAGGGUCACCUCCGCCAAGACGAUAUUAGUAACUUGAAGCAUUUUGGAAUUGUGCUGAUGUAGGUUGCUGGUUAUUCGAGCAGUUUUUCAUGUCUGGUUAUGGAAUCUUGUUGUCUUAGGCUAUGUACAAAUAUACUGUUUUGUAACAUAGUUUUCAUAUUAGAUAUUUCUGCAGUAAGGCCCAUGUAGUUAUGGUUGUCUAUAUCUUAUGUUAACUGAGAUAAGGUGGCAGCGACUGAUUCAUUUUUUAUCAUUUGAAAGUAAGACUAAUAUCUCAGCGAAGUGAUGUUUGCCCAAAUCUGGGUGGAAGAGGAUUUCAGUGACCAAAAAUGAUAUCUUUUAUUUUAUGUAAUUUUUUAUGCUUGCUUUAUUAACCGGUAAUUCCAACUCAAGUCUAGACAAAUUGGUUAAAAACUAUGUCCUCUAACACCUGCUGAAUUAACUCAUGUUUUUUUGUACAGUACUUCAAUAUACACACUGAUAAAUGAAUCUGGGAUUAUGUAACAAAAUUUCUGUUCUAUUAUAUUCUGGCUAAAUUCAUUUCAUAUUUGAAAUGAUGGAAAACGUAAGGUUGAACGCUUAACCUUUUUUGUAACCAAGUACAUGCAUCUUGAACUCAUACACGACAUGGACUGGUAACCGAACGAGAGACCGUGGUUUGCAAUAUGAUUAAGCCAUUCUAUCAAAUUUUCUCUCCCCCGGCAUAAAUAUAUAUGUACAUCCGAUCCUAUCCUUCAGUUUCUAUGGCUUGAUUUAUCAUAUUCUUAUCAAUUGAAAAAACGUAACUGCACCAAUUAGUGAACUGUUUUUUUAUUUAAGUUUCUCGUUAUGUAUCCGCUGUUUUAUUAACUGAAAACUAUUUUAUCACUCGA